CAAGAAGCCAGUAUCUGCCUCAGGAAAGGAGAUGGAUUGGGCACAGAUGGCAUGCCACCGAUGUCUGGUGUACUUGGGGGAUUUGUCACGCUAUCAGAAUGAAUUGGCUGGUGUAGACACGGAGCUGCUAGCUGAGAGAUUUUACUACCAAGCCCUUUCAGUAGCUCCCCAGAUUGGAAUGCCCUUCAACCAGCUGGGCACCCUUGCAGGCAGCAAGUAUUACAACGUGGAAGCCAUGUAUUGCUACCUGCGAUGCAUCCAAUCAGAAGUGUCUUUUGAGGGAGCCUAUGGAAACCUCAAUCGGCUCUAUGACAAGGCAGCCAAAAUGUACCACCAGCUGAAGAAGUGUGAGACUCGGAAACUCUCUCCCAGCAAAAAGCGAUGUAAAGACAUUAAGAGGUUGCUGGUGAACUUUAUGUACCUGCAGAGUCUCCUGCAGCCCAAAAGCAGCUCCGUGGACUCAGAGCUGACCUCGCUUUGCCAGUCAGUCCUGGAGGACUUCAACCUCUGUCUUUUCUACCUGCCCUCCUCGCCUAACCUCAGCUUGGCCAGUGAGGAUGAGGAAGAGUAUGAAAGUGGAUAUGCUUUCCUCCCUGAUCUGCUCAUCUUUCAGAUGAUCAUCAUCUGUCUUAUGGGUGUGCACAGCUUGAAGAGAGCAGGAUCCAAGCAGUACAGUGCAGCCAUUGCCUUCACCCUGGCUCUCUUCUCCCACCUCGUCAACCAUGUCAACAUACGGCUGCAGGCUGAGCUAGAAGAGGGCGAGAACCCUGUCCCGGCAUUUCAGAGCGAUGGCACAGAUGAACCAGAGUCUAAGGAACCACUGGAGAAAGAGGAGGAGCCAGGUCCUGAGCCCCCUUCCACAGCACCCCAAGGGGGUGAGGGCAAAAAGAGUCGUAAGUUCUCCCGUCUCUCCUGCCUCCGUCGCCGCCGCCACCACCCACCCAAAGCUGGUGAUGACAGUGACCUGAGUGAAGGCUUUGAAUCGGACUCAAGCCGUGACUCAGCUCGGGCCAGUGAGGGCUCGGACAGUGGCUCUGACAAGAGUCUGGAAGGUGGAGGCACAGCCUUUGAUGCAGAGACAGACUCAGAAAUGAAUAGUCAAGAGUCUCGUUCCGACCUAGAAGAUAUGGAGGAUGAGGAGGGGACCCAGUCCCCAGCUUUGGAGCCCCCUCGGGCCAGAUCAGAGGCCUCUGACUCCCUCAAUGGUCCUCUUGGCCCAAGUGAGGCUAGCAUUGCCAGCAAUCUACAAGCCAUGUCCACCCAGAUGUUCCAGACCAAGCGCUGCUUCCGACUGGCUCCCACCUUCAGCAACCUGCUUCUCCAGCCCACCACCAAACCUCACACCUUGGCCAGCCGCAGGCCAUGUGUCAAUGGGGAUGUGGACAAGCCCUCAGAACCAGCCUCUGAGGAAGGCUCUGAGUCCGAGGGGAGCGAGUCCAGUGGACGCUCUUGUCGCAAUGAGCACAGCCUCCAGGAGAAGCUCCAGGUCCUGACGGCCGAGGGCCUGCUUCCUGCUGUGAAAGUCUUCUUGGACUGGCUUCGGACCAACCCUGAUCUCAUCAUCGUGUGUGCACAGAGCUCUCAAAGUUUGUGGAACCGUUUGUCUGUAUUGCUAAAUCUUUUGCCAGCUGCUGGUGAACUGCAAGAGUCUGGCCUCACCUUGUGUCCUGAGGUCCAGGAUCUUCUUGAAGGUUGUGAACUGCCUGACCUCCCCACUAGCUUGCUGCUCCCAGAGGACUUGGCACUUCGCAACCUGCCUCCUCUCCGGGCUGCUCACAGACGCUUCAACUUUGACACAGAUCGACCCCUGCUCAGUGCCUUAGAGGAGACAGUGGUGCGCAUCUGCUGCAUCCGCAGCUUCGGGCACUUCAUUGCCCGCCUGCAAGGCAGCAUCCUACAGUUCAACCCAGAAGUUGGCAUCUUCGUCAGCAUUGCCCAGUCUGAACAGGAGAGCCUGCUGCAGCAGGCCCAGGCCCAGUUUCGCAUGGCACAAGAGGAAGCUCGGCGGAACAGGCUCAUGAGAGAUAUGGCUCAGCUCCGACUACAGCUAGAGGUCUCUCAGCUGGAGGGCAGCCUGCAGCAGCCCAAGGCCCAGUCAGCAAUGUCUCCCUACCUCGUUCCUGACACUCAGGCCCUCUGCCAUCACCUCCCUGUCAUCCGCCAGCUGGCCACCAGUGGCCGCUUCAUUGUCAUCAUCCCAAGGACAGUGAUUGAUGGCCUGGAUUUGCUGAAGAAAGAACACCCAGGGGCCCGGGAUGGGAUCCGGUACCUGGAAGCAGAGUUUAAGAAAGGAAACAGGUACAUUCGCUGCCAGAAAGAGGUGGGAAAGAGCUUUGAGCGACAUAAGCUGAAGAGACAGGACACAGAUGCCUGGACUCUCUAUAAGAUCCUGGAUAGCUGCAAACAGCUGACUCUGGCCCAGGGGGCAGGGGAGGAGGACCCGAGCGGCAUGGUGACCAUCAUCACAGGCCUUCCACUGGACAACCCCAGUGCACUUUCUGGGCCCAUGCAGGCAGCCCUGCAGGCUGCUGCCCAUGCCAGCGUGGAUGUCAAGAACGUUCUGGACUUCUACAAGCAGUGGAAGGAGAUUGGUUGAGACUGACCCCCAAGCCCUGCAGUGGGGCUGACUCCAGAUCUCUCCUGCUCUCCCUGGCAGCCAGGACCACCACCUGUAGUCACCCCACCACACACAGACUCACACACGCACACAGGAAGGAAGCACAGCUGCGCAGAGGCUGCAGGGAUGGCCCAGGAGCCAGCUGGGAGGGUGGGGUCCCCCUGUUGCCAAGACGACGUCAGGAAAGUGAGGGAAGUAGUUGGAGCAGGAGAGGCCUUGGGCCCUAGCCAGCCUUCCUGCCUUGGCCCUCCUGUUGUUCCCAGGGGCAGGUGGCAGGCAUGGGUAUCUGCAUUUCACUGGAGUGGUUCCUGGACCUCUGAUGGGCAGGGAUAGCAGAAGGGGCCCUUUAUCCUCACUCAAAAUGCAGGGUGGUUGGGGCCAGGAGUUUGGACUCUCCAGACGCUGGGGGAGUUGGGCUAUACCAGGUGUCUGGGUGAUUCUCUACAGCCCUUUCCCCUUUUCAAGGACCACCCAUCUUCCUUUCAUCUCCCUUUGGCAGGGGCGCUCUGGAGCCAGCUGUUGGGGGCACUUGGAAGCAGGGCCUGGAGUGCCUGUACUGCAUGGCAGGGGCAGGGUUUGUGCUCCCUGUUGCAGGGGUCCCACACCCAAAUGCCCUACUUCUGUUUUCUGUACGCCUCUGUCCAGUUUACAAGGCAGGGAGCAGGCCUCACCCAAGGCUACUGGCAGGCUGGCCUGUGUUGUCAGUGUUGGUGCCUUGACCCACCAGCCCUACAGUCACUGUGCUUUGUGCUCUUGGCUGCUAUGCUGGGAAGGGGGUGCCAGUAAGAGAAGAGGGGUGCAGGCUGAGGCCACCCCCUGUUUACUAUCCACGGAGGGCUAAAGAUAAGGGGCCAGCAUUCUGUGGGAGGCAGAAAAGAGAGGCCCCUGGAAGCUGCUCGGUCAGGGGUCCUCUUUCCUGAUGGGCUUCUCUCCUUUUGCCUGUCCCCAGGAUUGGAGGCCUGGUGGGGCUUUUGGAGUGUUGUGAAGUGGGAGCAGAGAUCAUGAAUAGCUCAGGGCAGUGAAUGGUGCUCUGAGAGCAGGGCUGUGUGGGGAGGCUUUGGCCAGGGCUGCCUCAGCCACUCCCCUCAGGCUGGAAGCAGAGUAGGGGUUGGGGGCAGAUUUUCAUUCUGCUGCCCUCCCCACCCCAGUGCUGGCCUAGCUUCCCAGGCUGUGCUUGGAGGAACCGGCUUCCUGCCUCCCUCUUAAGACAGCAUGUUUUGGGAAAACCUGGGGGUAGUGGGGUCACCCAGCCCCAGUUCCUGGCAGAGACUGAGACUCAAGCAUCACUUUAAUAAAGACCCCCUAAGCCCA